GGCAAGAGCCUGGACCAGACGCUUCACGAUGCGCUGCAGCUGGUGCCCAAUCCUCACGACGACCCGGGCAUCCUGCAGCUCAACCGCAUACGGUGCGGCAUGGAGGGGGUGGGGGUGGGGGCGGCGGUGGCGGCGGUGAUGGCUACAGAGGAGUCGCUGCACCUCAUCGCCGCCAACUCCACUGCUCCCCACCUGGAUCGCACCCGCCUGUGUGAGAUGGGUGACGAGGCCUUUGAGCCCGCCUACAUCGCCAAGAGGGAGGGCCUCAAGGCGCUGCUGCGCAGCCUGGCAGCCCCCAAGGUGGUGCAGGGCAGGCCGCUGGAUGGCCCCGGCCUGGCCGACCUGGUGCAGCGGGUGGUGGAGGGGCUGAACGAGCGGGACAUACCCACGGCUGGCAGCCUGGUGGAGUACUUCAACAAGGAGCUGGUGCAGGGGUGCAAGGAGCUGGUGGAGGCAGAGAAGCUUCCUGUGGAGGAGGGGCGGCUGGAGCAGGUGCACGCAGCGGCGGCGGCGGCGGCGGCCGCCAAGUUUGAGCGCGAGCGCUUUGGCAGCGAGGUGGGGGCGCUGCGGGAGGUGCUGGAGUCGGCCAUUGCGCGGGAGCACAGCGCGCGGCGCACCGCCAACACAUACGCCUCCUCCUCUGUGUGCGAGCGGGCGGAGAUGGAGUGUGAGGAGGUUCUCGACCGGGAGGCGCGCCAGCACCUGCCCAGCAGCGGGCGAUUCAAGACGCAGUACGAAAAGUGCGGCGCCAGGUUCAGCAGGCAGUGCGUGGGCCCUGCCCUGGAGCACAACAAAGACCGGCUGGCCAAGGCGUGGGCGCGCGAGAGUGCGCGGUUUGAGCGGGAUUACAACGAUCGCCUGCUGAGCGGGCUGGUGCUGAUGAGCCUGGUUGCCAUCCUGGCCUUCCGCUUCGUGGUGAGGGUGCAGCUGGCGGAGACGGCGGGCUGGGUGACCUUUGUGUUCCUCCAGGUGUACCCGCGCACCUUCCUGGGCGAGGCCUCCAUGUACGAACGGUCCUGGUGGCAGCUGCUGGUGCGGGUCUGGGAGGCAAUAGUCUUCAACCCAG